AUGCCAGAAGUUACCAGAGAACGCAUCGUUCGUGCCUCCUAUGGCAGAGAUCGCGACGAUGAUUACUCUUCCGACGACAACCGUUCAUCCUUCAGCGCCAGCCGCUCGCGACACGGUGCCAGCAGCAGCACCUAUCGUCCUACGACUGUUCAACGUUAUCGUGUAACACCUAGCAGAGUCGAGGAAGUUGAAGACGACCGACGAUCAUCGCGACUCGAUAUCAUCCCCCGUCGCGGCGAGCGCAUCGAGGUCGAUCGCAGCACAGAACGAUUUAUCGACCGACCAGAACGACCACGCUCUGCUAUUGACGUGCGCCCACGACCCACAAUCGUCGAACGCGAUCGCUUUGUCGAACGCGAGAGAGAACCUGUCCGCGAACCCGAGCGAGAGCGAGAGCGCACUCGAACCGUCGUCUAUGAACGGGACAGCCCGCGCGAACCAGAACGUAUCCCUCCUUGGGAGCGCGGACCCGCUAGGCCAUGGGAAGACGAGCGAGAGACCUCCCGCGAGACUGAUGUCAGGAUCGAGAAGCGCGCACCUGCUAGGCCAUGGGAAGACGAGCGAGAGAUCUCCCGCGAGACUGAUGUCAGGAUCGAGAAGCGCGCACCUGCUAGGCCAUGGGAGUCGGAACGGGACGUGCGGGAGACGGAUGUUAGGGUUGAGAAGCGGACCGAACGUCGCGAGGAGCCACGCCGUGAUGAAUUUGAUACCGAGAGAGUCACCAGAGAAAUCGAAUACUACGAUCGACCGCAUUCUCCUCCACAGCCUAUUAUCAUCCGUCAACGAGCGCCUGAAGCUCAGCAGAUUAUCGUGCAAGAAGCCGCACCCCCACCACCGAUCAUCCUCCCUCGUCAAGAAGAACACGAAUUUCAAGUCAUUCGACGGGCUGAACCACCACCAGAGCCAAAGAGAGAAGAAGAUGAAUACUACUACAGACGAGAUGUUCGCGAAGUUGGCCCACGGAGAGAAAAAAGAGACGAGGACUUUGCAAUGGCAAGAUAUGACCGCAGACAGGGGCGUCAACGAGAUGAUGUCAGCGAUGGAGAUUACAGCGAUGAGGAUUAUGUCGUUCGUAAAAAGGUUAUAAGACAACGUAGUUUAAGUGGCAGUCCACACCACAAGAGACAUCUUGCCGAAGGUGCCUUGGCUGGAGCGGGUGCAGCUGCUCUACUUGCAAAUCACCGUGAGAAGAGUGGAGAUGGAUCUGAACAUCGUGGCCGAAAGGUCGUUGGAGGAGCAGCUCUUGGUGCUAUUGGGGCUGAAGUUAUUACGAGAGCACGAAGCCGUUAUCGCGACAGAUACGAGGAUCGUAGCAGAUCAAGAUCAAGCAGCAGAUCAGGACAUGGAAAUCAUACCAAGCUGAAGACUGCACUUGGACUUGCUGCUGCUGGUCUCGCUGCUGCGGCCGCUGCGAAGUAUGUUCAGAAGCGCAAGGCGGAUAAAGAGGAAAUUGGCAGAGGACGCAGUCGAACUCGGAGCGUUUCUAGACGCCGUAGUGAUAGCUACGAUUCUUACGAUGAUGACAGCCGUGCGAGAAGUAGAAGCAAGCAUGCUGAUCCCAAGCAUCGCUCAAGAUCAAUCGCAAAAGCAGCUGCUGGAACCGCGGCAGUCGCUGGAAUCGUCGAGCAUUUUAGGAACAAGUCACGCAGACGGAGUGGCGAACGAUCAAAGUCACGAAUUCGAACCGGAGCUGAGAUCGCCGGAGCAGGUCUAGCUGGAGCAGCAGUAGCUGGACUCUACGAGAAUCGCAAGGCAAAGGAAGAUGCAGAGAAAGAAGCUGAGAAUGUCAGCAGUCGUAGGAGGAGCAGAACAAGAAGCAGGUCGAGAGCCAGAUCUGUCGGCUAUUCUGAUCCGGGAGUUGACCCAGAAUUAGGAAUGGUACAAUACGGUACUGACCCCGUAUACACCCACGCGCCACCAGCGACGACCUACCAAGACUACGAUCGAGGUAGUCGAUCCCGUAGUCGAACCCAUCGUCGCCGACACUCCUCGAGCUCUGCCGAUCAGAGAAAACCCGCAUCUAGAAGUCGAAGUCGAGUCCGAGAUAUCGCUGGUGCGGCAGCUGGUACUGCAGCUGCGGCCAUCGGUAUCAACCAAUAUAAAAAGAGAAAAGAGAAGAAGGAGGCUGAGCGGGAGAAGGAACGAAGGCGUGAGGAUCCCCAACAUUCUAGAUCUCGUUACGAGGAAGAAUCGCCCUCUGAAAACUACUACUCUCGCGAAUACGAUGACUAUUCUCCAUCUCCUCCUAUGGCCUCGGGCGGUUCCUAUUUCCCGCAAAACAACGAAUUUCCUGCGCCUCUCGCGAACCCUGGCUACACUCAACACUCCAAUCAAUCAUCACCGAAUGUAAAUCAACAACCGAUCCCUCCCUAUAACCCGGCAGAUUAUGCUGGCCCGCCUCCUCCGCAUGACGCUUAUGGGCACCCGCCCCAGCCAAGGGGAGACCAUGUGAGUGCAAACCAAUACCAUAAUAAUGUACCUCGUCAGCCGGAACCUCCGUACUUUCCUCCACCUCCACGUCCAUCUUCACCCCAAACAACAGACGAGGGCGGUCUAGAUGCAACACCACCUUCAUCUCCGGACUCGAUCCGUCCAACCAACAAAUCAGUCAUGUUUGCACCUCUGUCACCGACUUCAUCCCGCCGCCUAGCACGUAUCCGUAAAAAACAAGAACAAGCCUCCACUUCCACCGCUCUUGUUCCUAUCUCACAACCUCCUCCUGAAGAUCAAGAACCAGAUGUCACAGAAGACUACGAAGACGAACAUCAUCACCAACACCGUCGCCGCAGACAGCGUAGACGUCGCAAUUCAGACCCUAGUUCCAACCGUCCGCACCGCCAUCACGAACGCAAUGCAUCCCGUAGCCCCAGCCUAGACCGCAAUAGCGAUAGCAGUGGAGCCGAAACAGAAGUCCUACCAGAUCGAUUUGAUGCUCAAGGACGACCGCUCGAUAAACAUGGGAGGCGGGAUAGGGAAAGAAUCGCAGGGGGAAAUGGAGGUGGACAGCAGGAAAUGGUGGAGAAGUUAAUUGGCGGGUUCGAGGAGGUGGUAGAGGGACGGAAGAGUUGGAAGGAUUUGUUAGCCGGGUUGUUGGAUGGCGUUAAUGCGAGCGGGAGUGAUUUAAGUGCUGGUAGUAGGAGAAGGCGACGAUGA